AUAUCGAAAUUUAGGCCGCGUACCAAAUAACCCCUAACAGCGUUGCUUUGUUUGGCAUUAGUCGACAACUAAGUAUAUGCCCAAUUACCCUGCAUUUUCAACACUUGUAAUGAAAAUUGUAUCCCCUUCCCCUCUGUUUACUCUGAUAUACAAAAUAUCUACGACAACCACCUUCGUAAACUCCGUCACUAGAUCCCCAUAUAUAUUCAUUCACUAGAUCCACAUUCGCCAUGUUUAUCUCCGUCUCCUCGGGCAACGAUGAACGGAAAUAAACUCCAUCAUCGUAACGGGUCUUCCUCCACUCUCAGCAAAAGGCAUAGUACUAACAGAAAGGAGAAAGCUGAACGGAACGGUGUCGUUACAGAAAUGAAGAAGAAAUCGGCAUCGGCAUCGGAAUCGGCGGUCGGUGGUUAUGGGUGGUGGUUAGGUAAUGCGUAUUUCAUGAAGUGGAGGACGGAGGAUGUAUUUGGUGUAGUGAAGUACCAUCCGAUACCGUGCGUCUUCGCUGCUUCACUGUUGUUUUUCAUGGGAGUGGAAUACACUCUUCGUAUGAUCCCAGCUUCUUCUCCGCCUUUCGAUCUGGGAUUUAUUGUUACUGUUCCUCUUAAUCGAUUGCUUGCUGAUAAACCCGCUCUCAACACUCUUUUUGCCGGACUAAACACGGUGUUCGUGGCGAUGCAAACGGCGUACAUUUUGGGGACUUUUCUAAUUGAAGGACGUCCUCGAGCGACAGUAUCGGCGCUGUUUAUGUUCACAUUCAGAGGGAUUCUUGGGUAUGCUACACAGUUGCCAUUGCCAGAGGAUUUCUUGGGGUCAGGGGUCGAUUUCCCAGUAGGGAAUGUGUCGUUUUUCUUGUUUUAUUCAGGGCAUGUUGCGGCGUCCGUGAUUGCUUCGCUGGAUAUGAAACGCAUGCAAAGAUGGGAAAUGGCUCGAGUAUUUGACGCCUUGAAUGUAUUGCAAGUGGUGAGGUUGCUGAGCACUAGGGGCCAUUACACUAUUGAUUUGGCUGUUGGCAUUGGCGCUGGCAUUUUGUUUGAUUCUCUGGCCGGAAACUAUGUGGAGACUAGGACAAAACUAUGUGCUGCUAAUGGUAGUGGGGUGGAAAACUCCUCUAAGCACGAAAAUGAAGUGAAAUAUCAAAGUGUAUCUUCAGAUUAAAAUGUAUCCCACUCAAAUGUGUGCUGGUGGAUUAUCUUGAAUUGUAAAGAUAACUUUGGCUUGCUUCAAUUGUAUGGUCUUAGUGCA